UUCGUCCUCCCUAUCUGCAACGGGAAAAGGGCCUAUAAAACGUCGCCGUCGGGCAGGGCAGCAAGUCCCACUCCCGCACGACAGGACAACCGCAAAAGCAAGGAGCCACCAGGAGAGAAUCAUGCGUUCCCCUGCCUGCCUCGCCGCCGCCCUCCUCCUGCUCGCGCUCCGGCUGCCGGCCCCCGCCGUCGCCGGCCGCCCCCUCGUCGCCCGCGACCGCAAGCCCGCCCCGUCCGAGGCCGCGGCCACCGCCAGGUGGCUCGCCGCGCAGAACACCUGGGGCGUCCUCAGCACAAUAUCAAGUGAUCUAAGUGGCGCUCCAUUUGGCAAUGUAGUUUCAUAUAGUGAUGGGGUACCAGGUGAGAGCCAUGGAAUUCCCUACUUUUAUCUGACUACUCUGGAUCCCACUGCAAGAGAUGCAUUGGAGGAUGAAAGGACGUCCUUUACCCUUAGUGAGUUCCCUCUUGGCACUUGUGGGAAGGUUGAUCCUGAAAACCCAACAUGUGCAAAACUUACUCUUACUGGAAAGUUGAAGGUGGUUGACCAUAAGUCACCUGAAGCGGCUUUGGCCAAAGCUGCGCUUUUCAGCAAACACCCUGAAAUGGAGGGUUGGCCAAAGAACCACCACUUCGAGAUCUUUAAACUGGAAAUCGAAAACAUAUUCUUGAUCGACUGGUUUGGGGGUCCUAAACCUAUAUCUCCUUCACAGUAUCUUGAUUAUGGAAGGGACCAGGGCUCUGUGAUGUUCUUGUGAGUGCGGAAUGCUGCUGAAAUCCAUAUCCUUAGCAUGUUUGGGUAUGCUUUCUGAAAGACGUCAAAACUGUACAUACUGUAAUGACAUACGGGAUUAAAUAAACACAUAAUAUCGCCUUUGUUGGCAUUUAUGUCCUCACCGCGGAGCCCAAGAACCGCUGUUCUUGCCACAGCCGGCUUAUGGUUUGGGCAUAGUGGCACAGGAUGCCGUACCGUGACCGUUUGAAAGCGUCGUUGUAGUAGGUAUUCUCAAGGGUACCAAAUGGGGCAGGGUUACGGUGCACUGGUGGUAUUUUGUUGUGGCACUGUAAAGCAACAUUUAUUCCGCAAUAUAGUAAAUAGUAUUGUCA